CCUUUCUUAAACAAAUUAGCACACCUCGCCACUCUGCUUCUCUCCCCUGUUUCCUCUGCACCCAAUUCUUCCUUCCUCUGUUUUUGUUCUUUAAGCUUUCUAAUGGGACGUAAUUCUUGUUGCUUGAAGCCUAAGCUUCGCAAAGGCCUUUGGUCCCCUGAGGAAGAUGAGAAGCUCUUCAAUUACAUUACCAGUUUCGGCGUCGGCUGUUGGAGCUCCGUCCCCAAGCUCGCUGGCUUGGAAAGGUGUGGGAAAAGUUGCAGGCUAAGAUGGAUAAACUACUUGAGGCCUGAUUUGAAGAGAGGGAUGUUCUCACAGCAAGAGGAGGAUCUCAUAAUCAGUCUCCAUGAAGUUCUGGGGAACAGGUGGGCUCAGAUUGCAACCCGAUUACCAGGAAGAACAGAUAAUGAGAUUAAGAACUUUUGGAAUUCAUGUUUGAAAAAGAAGCUGAUGAAGCAAGGAAUUGACCCAAUAACCCACAAGCCAUUGGAGGACAAUAUGGAAGCCAUGAAAGACCAGAAGCCAAGAGGGGAAGUGCCUCAUCUUCUUCAAGUGAAUGUUUCCAAUAUCACCAUUUCUUCAGAAGCUUCGAUUCUUAAUGAUUCAAAUCAUUACUAUAAGCAAACAGAGGAUUCAUCACAGCAUUUUGUCAACAAGAUUGAAUUUGACUCUCUCAGCUCCUACUUGGGUGGUGAGUAUAAUAACAAUUCACAAUUUGCGGCAGCUGAAUACCAGUACAACAACACUUUCUAUUCAAAUUCAAGUAUGGGGAUGCCAAGCUACACAAGUUCUGAACAUGGGAACAUGUCAAGAACAGACUUUUCAGAAAAUUCAGGAUCUGGGUUCAGCUGUUUCUUGAUGAAUGAGGUGAAAGAAAGCUCAAGCAACAGCUCGGUGAUGAGCAAUUAUUCAGGGUACCAAAACAGUGGAGGUUUUUCAUGGGAAUCGGAGAAGAAGCUUGAAAAAUUGUUACAGUUUGAGACAAAUCAAAUGAAAAACAUGGGAUUGAAGGGAAGUUCAGAGGAAGAAACAAAGAACAUUGAAACUCAAAUGAACUCAGCAAGUUUUGGAAGCUACCCGUUAAUGUCAAUGUCAGAAAAUGAAAGAGGAGGGAGUUUUGGCGUCUUCCAUCAGAUAUGAAAUGUAAAUUAUUUCUCCUUAUGGCUGUUUUUAUCCCAAAAGAGAGGAAUUCCUUUGGCUUCUGCUUUCGUUUUUCUUUACACUUUGAGGAAAUUAAAGCUCAGAUUGUUGAUACUGAAAGAGGGUUUUUCAUACACAGGCUUGGAAUGAAGGUGUUUGCUUGUUUUGAAUCAUUUUUGUUUUCCAACCAGAUUUCAAAACACAGCCAUUUGAUGAUUAUUGUUUUCGUAACUGGGAUCAAAUGUAAAGGUUGGAAGAAUUAAAUUGGUGGGGUUGGCUUAGUUUUUGUUUAUAUUUGAAUUAUAUGAAUCGCUGGCAGAGAAGAUAUGGGGUUAUCCAGAAGUUGAAUAUAAGAGAUAAUGGGUUAUAUACCCGAGUUCUUAA